UCUUUAUCAGCAAAAGAUAAGCUCUUUCAGUCAGUCGGGCUCGGCAAGAUGGAGCGGGUGCAAAUCCACUUCGAGGGCUCAGAAAACACCUUUUACAGCGGCCAGUACGUCAGUGGACACGUCUCUGUCCACCUGGACGUGCCCACCAGACUCAGAGCGAUCACCCUUCGGAUUUCGGGAACGGCCGAGGUGAAGUGGGAGGAAUGGAUUCACAAACGGAACCCGCAGAAGCAGCUGCGGAGGGCCAGCCAGCGCAGCGCCAACGGCCUUCCGCAGCAGGCGCCGCCGUCCAACGAGAUGAAGCUCUUCAAGAGCAACGAACUCUAUUUUGAGUAUAAAAUCGCCCUGCUCGCCGCCUCAAAUCACGACCCGAUGUUUGAGGCCCGCGAGUACAAGUUCCCGUUCCACUUCAACCUGCCGCAAAACAUCCCGUCAUCCUUUGAGGGACAAUUCGGACACGUCCGCUACGUGGUCUGCUGCAAAGUGGACAAGCCGUGCGCCAGGGACCACGAGGCCAAGACCAUGUUCACCGUAAUCUGCCCGCUCGACCUGAACCGCUUCCCCCACCUCGCUACAAUGGCUGACGCGAGUGACGUGAGGAAAUUCUGGUGCCUGUUCCACCGUUCCAAGCCAACGACGGUGAUCAUGCGCCUAUCGGAGAGUGGCAUCGUUCCUGAACAGCUGAUCAACCCGAACAUCGACGUGGACAACACGAGCGACGUCAGGAUCAACCAAGUCAGACUCAUGCUCAUCAUGAGUUGCAGCUACACGGCGAUGGGCGUGAAGAAAGUGGAGAAGACAGUGCUGGUGGAGAGCCAUCUGGGGGCCGUGGAGCCAAAGAAGGCGCGUUCCUGGUUCCGCGGCAUCUUCAUCCAGGUGCCUCCGGUGCCACCUUCAGGGCUGAACAACUGCACGCUCAUCGACAUCACGUACAAGCUCAAGUUGGUGGCAGAGCCGGAACGUCCGCACCUGAAUAUAACGGUGUCCCUCCCUCUGACUGUCGGAACAAUUCCGUUCCGGAACAACUUUGACCCGAGCACUCCUUUGCCCAGUGCCCCUCCUUCGAUAGAACCCCUUAUUGGCACACGAUUAUUAACAGAGCCGCCGAGCUACGAGGAGUCGAUCAACUCGCAAGGCUCGCCGGAUUACUUGGAAAUUCAACCGUCACAAGGCUUCUUGCCUCCGCUCUACCCGUCACUUCCGCUGCCGCCAGAAAUCAUACAGGACACUGUCAAAGAGCCGCCACCAGCCUGAUUGCAACCACAA